CUUGUUGCCUUCAUUGUUAGACUUGUAAUUGAAUCUGCAAGUUCAGAAGCAGAAGGACUUUAUGACAGAUAAUAAUGACCGCGUUGAGUGGCAAGGUCCAGACAGUGCUCGGGCUGGUGGAACCCAGUCAGCUUGGCCGUACAAUGACCCACGAGCAUCUAACUAUGACCUUCGAGUGUUGCUACUUUCCACCGGCGCCGGGCGACAAGAUGAUUGCUGAAGCUCCUAUUGAGAUGAAGAAUUUGCAUUGGCUGCGACAAAACCCGUAUAGCUGCCACGAGAACCUCCUUCUGUGGCAGGAGACUGACGCCGUGCGGGAGGAGCUGCUUUGUUAUCGUCGAGCUGGUGGUGGUACCAUAGUGGAGAAUACUACAACGGGCAUCGCACGCAACCUGCCCGUUUUACGCCAGCUGGCUAAGGAUACGGAUGUGCACAUUAUCGCAGGAGCUGGCUACUACGUCGAUGUAACGCAUUCUGAGGAGACAAGGAAGUCCACAGUAGAAAAGCUGACUGACAUCAUAGUGAGCGAGGUGCUUCAUGGGGCAGAUGGGACUGAUAUUCGCUGUGGUGUGAUUGGAGAGAUCGGUACCAGCUGGCCAAUCACAGAGAGUGAGAGGAAGGUCUUACGUGCCACUGCUCAUGCACAGACUCAGCUGGGUUGUCCAGUCAUCAUCCACCCUGGACGCAAUCCUGCCGCGCCGGCCGAGGUGGUUCGCAUCCUCCAGGAGGCUGGAGGUGACAUCUCCAAAACAGUCAUGUCUCACCUGGACAGAACGAUAUUUGACCACGGAGAGCUGCUGGAAUUUGCUAAGAUGGGAAGCUACCUGGAGUAUGACCUCUUUGGCACGGAGAUGCUGAACUACCCUUACAACAUGGAAGUUGACAUGCCCAGCGACAGCCAGAGAGUGCAGACAUUGGCUUUCCUGGUGAAGGAGGGUUACGAAGAUCGGAUCGUCAUUGCACAUGACAUCCACACCAAGAACCGUCUGACCAAAUACGGUGGACACGGUUACUCCCACAUCCUUAAGAACAUUGUGCCCAAAAUGCUGUCUCGAGGCAUCAGUCAAAACCAAGUGGACAAAAUACUGAUUGAAAACCCUAAGCAUUGGCUAACCUUUAAAUAAGACAUGAAACUACACUGACACUUCUUUUAAUCAAGAAAUAGGCCCUUCCAUUGUAUACCGCUUAAUGAUCCAAAAUAAUUAGUGAUUUUUGAUACAUGUAUUUUUACAGUCAUCUCUUGUUAUUUAGAAAAUUGGCGCUGACUGAAGUCAAAGGUGCUCUCAGUUAUACUGAACAGCGAAUAAGUUUUGAGGAAGUCUUUGUAGCAUAUCAGUGUAAUGCUGACUAGAUUUCACCUAAAAGAAAUCUCAUGUUGUUCAGAGAGUAAAUAAAUGUCAUUUGCUCUCUUCCCUUGUCAUCAAAAUUGACUCCAAACAAGGCUAGGUAAACACUGCAGCUUUGCCUCUGUGUUUGUUGUUAAAAUACAGUUUUUACAUAACUAAUGAACAACUGAAUGAGGGGUUUGGUUGAUUAGAGAUUGUGAUGCUAAAAUGUAUUCAUUCUGUUUUAUUGCUUAUUAUUGCCACUGGGCCAUUUAUACUCAAAAGCCUCUCUGAUUUGCAUUUCAUAAAGUGAAGAGCAUACAGCCAAUAUUACAUUGCCUGAGGGUACAAAGACAAGUUCAGAGCUACACUGUCAUACAAUGAUCCAAUUCCUCUUUAUCACAAAAGACAUCACUGACUGCAUAUUUCUAUUCGGAGAGCAAUAAUUACACAUUUAAGCUGUACUUUGAAAUGAAUGUUCCCAUUUUAAAAAUAUGUGUUUGUAUAAUUAAUUGAGGUUUUUGUAUUUUUCUUAUUUACACGUAAUGUCGCCACAAACAAUCUUAACCGAUGAAUAUGAAUGUCUUUCAGACUUUUGCAUUUAACUUUCUGACAAAUAGCCAGGGGCAAGUGAAGUCAGUUUUCUGAGGUGUCUUGUGUAAGAUUGGAUACCUAACAUGUUCCGUACGACAUAGUUUUACUAAUGCAGUGACGUGCGUCUGUCAGUUAAGGAGAAGCGUGUUGGGCAGCAGGUCAGUGGGCAAGAAGGGCACAGCAUCCUCCUCUGGAACAGGUGGCGUCUCAGAGUGACUUCGCCGUAGAAUAGAUGACACUGUCAGAGCAUCUCUGUCUGGAUGAACCUCACGAAAAGUUAAAUAAACACAUGUGCAUGGCUUGAGCUGAUGAAGGUUGUUGAGGACUUUCGGGAGAAUUUCUGAAGCUCUAUUAGAGUUGACCUGUGACCUUGAGAUGUCCAGAUACUUUUAAGGACCAUAUGUUCAGCUUAGAUCAAUAAACAUUUGCUUUGA